AUGACCUUGUUGGAGGCCACCUCGAAUCUUAUCUCGUAUGGAACCGUAAACGCCGAUAAUUCGAUGGGCGACCAAGAGGAAGACCGGCUACUGUACCCUCAUUCGGUGUACGAGCCGGACACUGAAAUCAGCACCGAGGAUGAGGGGAGUAUUGGGAGUAGUGUGCAGGAUGGAGUGAGGAAAAUCGAGGCGAUUAACCUGACUUGGACGCAGCGAUCUUUGAUGAUUGCGUAUUUGGGGAUAUUUCUCAUGGCUUUCUGCACUUCACUCGAAGGCCAAACUGUGGCCUCACUUGCGGUAUAUGCUACCAGUUCGUUUAAAAAACAUUCUUUGAUUUCCACCGUGCUGGUAGUACAGAAUGUUGUCAAUGCUGUGAUAAAACCGCCCAUGGCAAAAGUGGCAGAUGUCUUUGGCCGGUUCGAAGCAUUCUGCGUCAGCAUCGUCAUUUACAUUCUUGGAUAUAUUCAAAUGGCUGCGUCAAACAACGUGCAGACAUACGCUUCCGCCCAAAUAUUCUAUGCUGCUGGAUCGACUGGCCUGCAAAUUCUCCAACAGGUGUUUAUCGCCGAUAGUAGCGAUCUUCUGAACCGAGCGCUCUUCGCUCUUCUACCCGAGUUUCCAUUCUUGGUGACGGUCUGGAUUGGGCCGACGAUCGCGGACGCAGUACUCCGCCAUUCCUCGUGGCGCUGGGGUUAUGGCAUGUGGGCGAUCAUUUUACCUGCAACGUUUCUCCCACUCGCCCUAUCGUUGCUUUUCAAUCAACGGAAAGCUAAGAGGUUGCGACUCAUCAAACAGAAACAUCGCAAGCAGAACCGGACUUUCUAUCAGUCUCUACGAUCGAUAUGGUACGAGUUGGAUAUGUGUGGGUUAAUUCUACUUUCUGCCGCUGUGUCUCUGCUGCUGAUCCCGCUAACCUUGGCGGCCAACUCCACAAAUGGAUGGCACGACAAUCGCAUUAUCGUGAUGUUAGUGCUGGGUUGCAUUUGUCUUGUUUUGUUUCCUGCAUGGGAGUCAUCGCGGAAACUCGCUCCGAAGCCGUUGCUCUCUUUGCAUCUGCUCACCGAACGAACUGCUCUGGCAGGAUGCGCGUUGGCAUUUUUCUACUUUAUGGCCUUUUACUUUUCUGUCCAGCCAUAUCUAUAUUCUUACUUGCAAGUCGUUCAGAAUUACGACAUUGCUGUGGCGGGACGGGKUACGCAGACAUUUUCUUUCACCUCUACAAUUGCAGCAUUUGUGGUCUCGAUUCUGAUCAAGUAUACUCGCCGUUAUCGAAUGUUCGUCACCGCGGGAACGAUUGUGUAUAUCUUGGGCUUGUUGGCCAUGUUGCUCUACCGUCAAGAAGGCAGCUCUUUUCUCCAAAUCUUGGGUACUCAAAUACUCGUUGGUACUGGCGGUGGUUUAGUCAACGUCCCCGUGCAGCUCGGCGUCCAGGCAUCAGCACAGCACCAAGAAGUCGCCGGCGCAACCGCUAUAUUUUUGACGGCCCUUGAGAUGGGAGGAGCAGUUGGAGCGGCAAUUUCGGGCGCAGUCUGGACGCAUCAGAUACCUCGGCGACUGCGAGAAUACCUCCCAGCAGAGAGCCAAGACCAAGUCGAAGAAAUCUUUGGUAAAUUGACCACAGCACUCUCCUAUCCGAUGGGCUCGGAGACGCGUAUUGCGAUUAAUCGUGCAUAUCAAGAGACGAUGAAUAAUCUCUUGUGUCUGGCUAUUUUGGCUGCUUUGCCAAUUGUUCCGUUGAGUUUGGUCAUGAGGGACUAUCAGCUAGACAAGAUGGGCCCGACAAGAAAGCGUAGACGGUCGACGCAUGCGCAUGUGAAUGAGACUUCUGCUCGGCCAUCCCUGGAGGACGACGACAGACUAUGA